GGAGAGACACCGUGUGCUGGGCUUUAAACUUCUCCGCUAGUAGAGACUCAUGUGGCGCUUUGCUUUUUGGUUGUAGUUUUUAUUUUUCAGGUUUUUUCUUGCAGGGGUUACGUGAUCGGUAUCGGAGACAUCAUGGGGAGAGGUAAGAAAAUGUCCAAACCCAGCGACGGAAGAAGUGGGGACGCACCGGAAACCUGUCGAACCGGGGGAACCAAUGAGAACAACCCGAAAAUGAACGGGGAUCUGGGACAUGGGGGGCAGUCAAAAAUCUACUCCUAUAUGAGUCCUACUAAAUCUGCCAGUUCAAGACCUCCUCUUCAGGAAGAGAACUCAGCGACGCAUUAUGAGGGCAAACAUCUGGGUAAAGCCUCUGUGGAUGUGCACAAGAAAGCGGAUGUUGAGGAAAUAAAAUCUAUUGCCACACCUGAACUGGUGAAAGCCAUAGACAAACCGAAGGUGUGUAAUUCUACAGAAGCUAAUUCUGACCAGAAACAAUCAGUCCCUGAAACCCAUAAGAUCGUGUUACCCGUUGCUAACAAGACUCCGGCGCCUCACAAGAUGGUGAAGACAAAAUCUCACAGAAGGAAGGUACAAGGAACAAAAUCGCCAAACAGAAAAGUUACAGAUUACUUCCCCGUCAGACGAAGCUGCAGAAAAAGCAAAAAAGAACUGGAGACUGAAGAAAAGAAGAGAAUAGAUGACCUUAUUCUAAGUGGCAAAGAAGAAGGGCUGAAGGUUGACAUAAUUACCGGUAAAGGUAGAGGGGUCAUUGCCACUCAGAACUUCCAGCGUGGAGAAUUUGUGGUGGAAUACCAUGGAGACCUCAUAGAGACAACAGAUGCUAAAAGGCGAGAAGCGUUCUAUUCGCAGGAUUCGUCCACUGGCUGCUAUAUGUACUAUUUUCAGUAUCUGAAUAAAACAUACUGUGUUGACGCUACAAAAGAAAGCAGCCGCCUUGGGAGAUUAAUAAACCAUAGCAAAAAUGGAAAUUGCCAUACAAAGUUACAUGACAUCAACAACGUACCUCAUCUUAUACUGAUUGCAUCAAGGGACAUAAAGGCAGGAGAAGAAUUGUUGUACGACUAUGGAGAUCGAAGCAAGUCUUCCAUUGAAGCACAUCCAUGGCUGAAAAACUGACUAAUAUAGACUACUGGAUUUUACACCUUGCUUUUUGAAUCGGUUUUAUCCCCCCCCCCCCCCC